AUGCUGCAAAACACAAUUGAUCUGACCAAUGAUUAUCCUGAUUCAGACCCAAAUGUCACCAUUAACCCCCAAUUUCUAAAUUCCACCCCGCAGGCAUUCAGUCAACAGCAGUCGUCGUUGGCAAGCAACUUUCUUCAGGGAAUCCCUGCGGACUUCCAACGACAAGGGAGUGAACAGGCCAGGCUAUUUAAUUACUACCAGCAUGAUCUUUCGGUUCAGUCACAUAUGACACCAAAUGGCAAUCCAGUGCUUUCGCCUAGAGGAUUAUCAGUACCGGAAGUUGUAAUCACCAAUAAGAAAGGAGCUCAUAACAACCAGCAAACAAAGAAGACUGGCCAAACAAGAGCUGUGUCUAUUUCGGAAAGUGAAAGUUCGGAUGAAUCCGAUCUUGAGAUCGAAGCACCUGACGAGCCGUCUCCUAUCCCUGCGGUCCGCCCGACUGAGCCCGAGGCUGCAGCGCAAUAUGAUACCCUCCAAGCCGUGUGGUCACCAAGGAACAAAUGGCCUGGUACUGAUAAGAUCAAAAAUGCGAUGGUAGCCUACAAAGAUCUCGUUAAAUCAUUGAGAGACGCGUGGAAGGAACAAGUUCAGGCUAUGAAACUAGCUGAAAACCAAGACGACAACCAGAAAGCAACAAAACUGAAGGAAAAAGUUAUCUCACAACGUCGCACUAUGGAUAAAAUUGCGACCACAACACUGGAAAUGGGCCAUCCCAUUAUUGUUGAGAAGCUGGGAGAACACCCUAUGAUCGUGGCAGCUCUAUAUUCCUUCUUGGUCGACCGUUUCCAGGCAGCAGACUUUGCUGGGACUCUGACUAUCAAUUUGCUUACACUCUUCUCGCGUUUCUCAUCUUUGACAGAGGACCUGAUGCAGAAGACAAAUCUUUCCAAGUUGCUGCCCAAGUUCCUUAAGAAAGGGAGUCAGCAGGUUAAGGAUCUCACACAGAAGAUCCUUGAUAAUGCUGCGGCCUGUACGAAGCGUAAGCAGGAGAGUGAAAAGCCUGCCAAAGAAGAGUCGAAUCCAAAGGCCCUUUUAGCAGACCAGUCUAAAGGAGACGCUGGAGUGAAGCGACCCCGUGAAGCGGAUAGCAAUUUGCAACCUGGCGCAAAACGAAUGGCAGUUGCCAAUACCUUGAAGGAUGUUAAUAAACUUACAUCCGGCAAUGGACAGGCCAAGGGAGCACAAAGUAGUAAACCAACCGGCGCUGCAGUUCUGCGACCUAAACCCAAUAUCGUGGCUCCCAAGCCAACAAGUCUCUUUGGCACUUUAAGCUCAGCAUCAAAGAGACCCGGGACUACAAAUGCGGAUAGGGCUGCCGCCGCUGCAGCAGCAAAGCCAACGGCUGCUCCCGAAAAGGAAAAGGCAUCAGCCUUCAAACCAUCUUUCUCCUUUGGCGACAUUAUGGCCGACUUGAGCAAACCAAAGCAGGCACCAACCCCCAAGCCUGCCGAAGAUCAGCCCCCGGAGACUGAAGCGGAGCGCACAAAGAGGUUGCGUAAAGAGGAGCGCCGUAAACUUCGCGUGACCUGGAGGCCAGAUGAUACUCUCACCGAAGUUCGACUGUUCACCCACGAUCCCGAUGAAGAGUUAGGUCCCGGCGAUGGGUCAUUACGUUCACGUGGAGACGUUAAAGGCGAAGGUAGUGUUCUUAAGCUUCACAAAGAUAUGGACGAACUGGAAGAAGAAGACCUUGGUGGUAUUCGCGAGACUAUAUUCCAAGAUGGUUAUAUCCUUUCGAUGAUCGAUUUCGAUUUCGAGGAACCAAAAGACGGCAGUUUCGUCAAACGCGGUGGCCCCCAGCUGCCAACGAGUCCCGAGAGGGAGGCUCAGGAGCAUCGGGAAGCUACUACCCUUAUGGUCUUCUAUACUUCCCCCGCCGAUAUGCCUGACACGCCUAAGGAGCCACCGGCUCCCGACCCCGACGAGAUUGUUCCCGAGGUAUUGCCUUUCGGAGAAUUGCCCGACAUGGUCAAGGUCCGCCAGGAGCGAUACUACUCCUACAUGAAUCCGAAGCCUGCGCCCACCCAGCAACCGCAGCAACCUACUCCCGGGGACGGUGGAUUUGAUAUCUCUAAUUUGCUCAAGAUCAUCCAGGGUGUGCCUGGACAGGUGCAGCCAGUUCCACCGAUACAGGCAACCCAGCCCGGGGUUAUGCCUGAUCUCGAGAGGACUAUUAACAUGUUCCGUCAGCAACAACCUCAAUCCCAGAUUCCCCCGCCUCCACCAGUGCCUACUUCUCAGCCACAAGGCCUUGACUUCAACGCGAUCUUGAAUGUCAUGAAACAAAUGCAGACGCCGGCAGCAUACUCCCAGCCUCAGCAAUCGCAUCCAGCAAUGGCACCCAACCUUGGCGCCAUGUUCGCACAAUUCGGUGGGCAGAAUCAACAAGCUGGUGCUCUCCCAUUCCAACAGCACGGCCAUGAUUAUGAAGACCCAGAGCGCAAGCGAGGCCGCGAAGGCGGUUAUUAUGACGAUCAGUCUAACUCUGAAUCAUGGAGCCGCUCGAAACGGACAAGAGUUGGCGCCAACGAAGCUAAGCCUUAUAAGGUGGGACUCGUUGCUUGCAGAUUCUGGGCUGAGGGCAAGUGUCGCAAAGGCGACAACUGCACUUUCCGCCACGAUCCUCUCUAA